CCCGGUUCGUUUGUCCCAUAUCUCCGCAUCAGGCUGAAAGUGCUACCUACCAUGUCACUCGGUAAAAGGAGCCCCUCACACAUGUGGACGGUGUGUCCCAAGCAGCGAGGUCGGGCCACGUGACUAGUUAGCGCGCGGGGCCUUGUUCAGGUCAGCAGCAGGGGUGGAGGUCACGCACUAUGGCGAGGACUAUCAGGUGCCUGGUCUGUGUGCUCAUUGCUGUUAUUUUGGCGAAGGUGAGAUGAUUGCCUUUGUUUCAUUGAAAUGGGCUUAUUGGAAUACAUACAUUAAGGUUUCAGUCGAAGUUAGAUUUAAGUUUUUAGCUUACCUUUAAGAUCAAUUAUGGAUCAAUUUAUUCUAAGCUGAAGUUUAAGUACCUCUAAGUUCAUGGGGUCAAGUAGGUAUCUUGCCUCAUUACGGACUGCGUGGGAUCCGUCAUUUUCCAAGACCGAAAUGUCUAUCGGUCUAGGAUUUUAAUAGCAAUUGACAGCUCCAUUCAAUUCGUACUUCAUGAUUAAAAGAACCGGACGCUUGAUAUAUCAUUCGUCAUUUGCGUGUCAUAUUGUGUGCCCAUGUCAUCUUUUAAGCUGCAAACACUUCAAUUGAAACAUAACUGCCACUUAGUUUAUUGUUUCGUCAUUUAACUGGAUAUUUGAUAAUUGCAAUUUGAUGCUAUGCAAAUUGCAGUUCUCUGUUUGUUGCCAAAAUAGCCAGUGCUGGUUAGUGGGGUGAGCACCUGACAUCUGACUCAGCCUUGCCGUGCACGUGACAGGAGAUUUCGGCUCUCAAUGCGCCCCCUACUCUGCAAGACGACCCCGCAGCCACCGACGUCGCAGCCCUAGUCCCGGACACCAACUCUUCUCCGGAUCCGGGAUCACCCAUGGAUCCGCAGGUGGCUCCGGAUCUAGACCCGGAGAUUCUCUCCCCCUCGGAGUCUGACCAGACGAUGGUCUGUGACGAGGCAAACGGCGGCUGUGACGAAGAGGACGUCGAAGAGUUCGACGGUGACGACGCGGCGGGCCUGUCUGCUGAGCCCUCGCUGCUCGAGUGGGCGUUCGACCAGUACUACGCCUCCAAGACGCUGGUACUUGCGGUGGCGAAUAAACUGGAGACUCCCAACCACCGGCUCGUGCGCACGGAACAGUCGUACGAGGUGCGGGAAUACCCGGCUCACCGCUGGGUCUGCACCCACGAGCUCACCGCCGGCUUCUUCUCGUCCACCGACGGCAAGGACGUCUUCAGAAGGCUCUUCCGCUACUUCAGCGGCAAGAACGGAGCCGGGGCUCGGAUGACAAUCACCAGUCCUCUGCUGCUGCACCGUGACCCGCGAUACGAGGGUGUCGGCCAGCGAUUCGCCGCCUGUCUGCCGCUGCCGAACGCGCACCAGCAGGAGCCGCCGCACCCGCUCAGCUCGCGGGUUCACCUGCAGACGUUCCCCCGGUCCCGCGUGCUCGCCCUGAAGUUUUCUAAAUAUGCCGAUGAACAAGAGUGGAAGGAGGAAACGGCUGAGCUGAUAGAGGCUGCCAAACAGCGGGCCGAAAUCGACGUGGACUACAAUAAUGUCUACUACGCCUCUUACGACCUUCCUCAGAAGUUCUGGCACCGGCGAAACGAGGUAUGGCUGCGCCAGGCAGCUCCGGCGCGCGAGGACAGCCCUCCAGAGGUGAGGUUCAUUUCGACAGGACCGUCGCGUCCCACUGCGUCUCGCUCGCGUCCCACCGCGUCCCAGUCUGUCCCGUGACGGGUGGGACACCAGCUAUCGACCUGAGACAUCAGCGCGGUCGGCGCCGUCAGGAAUGUUUGCCGCCGGUUUUUCUGGUCAGGCGCAGCGCGUGGGCUGUGUUUUUGGGACCCGCGUCCGGGGAUUUUACGGGCCUCAAAACGAGUUCCAGGACAUGGCCUCGUUGGGACGCACUCGGCGCCUGUGACGUCACAGGUUUUGGUGGAAGCCUGGUGCAUUCUAAGUGUGUGUUGUUCGUAUGGAUGGCGAGUGUGAUGUUUUGGUGUGACUUGUAAUGGUAGACUACAUCAUAGGCGUGGAUAUGCUGUAGUCGUCUGCUCUUGGGAUUGAGGCAUUGUGUGUGUGCUAUUUUUGUUUGACAUUUGACCAGAGUUUUACGGAGUUAAUAUGGAAUGUGAUAUGCUCAAUGUUUGUUACUUUUUCGGAUACGUGAAAAUUGGUCAUUGGGAACAAAGUACAUUUCUGUGAUGUACGUUGGUAUACAUGUGUGAAACACUUCCCACGGACUAACAGACUAAAUGUAGGAGUCAGUAGAAUAUAAAGCUAUAGAAUUAAGGCCAGACGAGGAAUAGGUGAAGUAAAAAUGUAACAGAAUCAGAAUCUGUGACAAAGUAAGAAAGAACUACCUGUUAUGUCUAGCAUACCAAAUAUAUCGAGUAGUGCACAACUCGUCCCUGGUGGCGACUUUGAUGGUUUCAUUAUUGAGAUAGGGUGUUAUCACCAUUGGCUGUUAUAUGACUUAAGCGGUAGGUACACAUGCCUUUUGCCGUGAUUAAUGUGUGGUUAUGGUGAAAAGGGGAAAUUAUUGAAAAUAUAUGUCGAUAUGGAAUGAUUUGCUGUUGAUGGCAAAACCUGAAGAGAUUAAAAUAGAUUGCCG